AUGGCAGAUGAGGGGAAUGAGAGAGAGAGGAGAGAGGGAAGGCGGCAGGAGAGAGCAGAGAUGAUGAGCAUGAGAGGAGAUCGAGAAGGCGCACGUGUGGAGUUUGAGGAUCUUCGUGGGAGAAGGGUGAGAGAGAGGGAGAGACGAGAGAGGAGAGAGAGAGAAACAAUUACAUUGUGACAGCUAUAGGCUACUUAGUCACAAGUGCGUAAUCACUGAAUAUGAGUAGGUUUUGCAACAGCUGGUGAUGCUUCAUACAUAGCAUCAAAGAGAGUCUAAGCUACAGUUAGAACUUAAAUACCUUCACACUUCAGCCUGAAUUAACAUAAACAACAAACAUUAUACAUCAGGAGUUUCACAAGUUCCUGAAAACAACUUCCCAGCAAACAAUAUCUGGUUAACUAAUGUUGUGUGAACGUUCUUUGAUUGCUGGCAACCAGUGAGGAAGCAGUCUGUAUACCAACUGGGAAGCCUUCCCAGCUAGCACAUAACGUUCUGAGAACCAUAUGUUUCUUGGAGCUUGGUGAGAGCGUGGUUGUCCUGUGGUUAUUUUGCAUACAACCUUCCCACAACUCUCCGUCAGUCCGUUCGUUCAUAUGUAUGUCACACGCAAUAUUUCAGACAGCGCUGGCCCGAUUUUGACAAAACUUGGGUGAAUGAUGCGUCUUGCCAUAGAGAUCUGGCAUUUACAAAAUUCCACUGAUUGGCCCAAGGCGGGACUUAUAGUAAUUAACUGAAAUGUGUUAGUCACACAUGAUAUCUCAAUAGGCCCGGGUGGGGUUGGGGGGGGGUGUUCAUCAUUCGUGGGGGAUGACAUGUUUACUGUUGUCUUGUUCUAAUUUUGGUAAUGUUCUAGGAACAUUCUACAGGUUUGCUCAUGGUUCUAUUUAAAGUAAUGUUCUCAAAUUGUUCCAAGAAAGUUAAGAAACAACGUUCUUCUGUGGGAAUUUCAGUACUUCAGCAUAACGUUUCCUACAGGUUUCCUCAUGGUUCUAUUUAAAGUCAUGUUCUCAAAUUGUUUCCGAGAACAUUUAGAAAACGUUCCAUAAAACCCAUAAGAACACCAAUGUUCAGAGAACGUUCUAAAACGUAUUUAAAAACAUAGAGAUUCCGUUAUAAGCAUCAACAAAACUCUAUCCUCUAGCUUUUUUAAGUGUGUUGGCCGCGCCUACUAAUUGGUCACACUAUCUAUGUCCUAUCUAUGCCUGGAGUUAAAAAAAGUUACGCGUAAAAUAAGCUAGCAGUGUUUUUGAAACAUUCAGUGAAAGUUUUAAGGAAGAUAUUCAAAAACCUCAAAAUAACCUAUAUCUUCCAUUCUCAGAGUGUUAAUAAAACCUCCCAGGAAAACUUUCAAGGAACCAGAGUAAAACGUUCUCAGAACCUCCCUGCAACCUACUUUCUGUUUUAACGGUCAGGAAACGUAUGCUUCAUUCCAACAACCAAUGUGAAACCAAAAACAUACGUUCCCAGAAUUUACAAGAAACCAAAUGUGCUAGCUGGGUUGAUAUUGUGCUAUGUCUUCCUCCCAAAUGCCACCACGUUCCCUAUAAAAGUAGUACACUAUGAAGGGAAAAGGGUGUCAUUUUAAUCCCUUUAGUUAAUUCGUAGCAUACUGCUAUAAUGAGUCUAUCCCUUGUUGAGAGAUCUUUGAAACGGAUAUCAAUCGUCAAUUGAUCGCCUGUCAUAGAUUAGUCAGGGAUCAUUAACGCUGCAUUGUGAUUGGAGAGGUGACAUUUUCUUCCAAUGCCCUUCUGUCAUUAUCAGGAAAAACAAAUGUGACAGAACAUAAAUAUCAACCAUUGACUCCACUGACUCAUCUGUGCUCAUGUUAUUGAUGGCUUGUCAUCCCUGUAUUAAUCUGUGCCUCUCCACAGAUCAGACACUGUGUGCAUAAUGGAUCAUCAGUAUCUGAAUAACAUUUACCUUUUCCUUAUCUCUGUCUCCCUCUCUCACUUUCCAUCUCUCUCUCCCUCUCUUUUAUCUCUUUCUCUCUCUGUGUCUGAUGCAAGUCCUCCAGAUGCAACCUGUCCCAUUCAAAUUCCAAUCAGUGUCUCAUCUUUAGGCAGACACUGUCAGAAUAUGCAGCUCACUAAAAUGAGAUAAAACAACAGUAUAUCACUCUCUUUCUCUCCCUCCUUCAACCUCUAACUCCCACGCAGGCAUCUGGAAAUGAGAAGGUGUUGUUUGACAUGAGCCCAGACUAGGUCUGUGUGUUGUUGUUGUUGUUGUUGACUUUAGCUGCCUCUUCAUCACUAGAGCCAUUAGAAGCUAGGUUCAGUCAGUUGUUCUGCCUUACACAUAUUCUAAGUGCUUUGCUUCCUGCCGUGCAUAUACACUCCCUCUCUAUGUCUACAUUCCCCAAAUCCUCUUUCACCUCUUCUUCCUCUGUACCUCCCGUGUUUCUUUAUCUGGAGUCAGAAGCUUUGGAAGAAACUACAACACAAUCUAUUGUGUGUUUUGAAGACUGUGACUGAGACUGAGUCUGUGUCUCAAAUGGCACCCUAUCCCUACUUUUGACUAGAGCCCUAUGGGAAUAGGGUGCCAUUUGGGAUGCAGCCGGAGUGUGUGUUCUGUGAAAUUGCAUCGUUCAACUUCACAGUAGUACUUUUUGCCCCUGUGUAGAUGCCAUGCUGUUUUGUGGCUAGACUACACAUUUUGCUUGCUUGAAAGAAAAUGGAUGGUGGUUUCAUAACAACAAAUAGCCUAUACCAAUUUAGGAUUUUACUCUGCAGCAAGUAGAGCACAUUAAAUCUUAUAGGCUCUGUUGGAAUUUGCUUCAGUCAUGUGAUUGCUCCUAAGUCAAUCUCUAAUGUUAUUCCCUCCUUCUCCCUUCUUUCUCCCCCUCCUCCCUCCAUCCUUCCCUCCCCGUCCUCCCCGUUUCCCUACUCCCCCUCUCCGUCCAUCCUCCCUCUCCUCUCAGGUGAAUGAUUGAGAAUCAGAGAGAGCUCCUUGCUGUGAGACCCCGCCCCAUGCUCCUCCCUCCUCUCAGGGGAUGGCCAAGGUCCAGGAUGGACACACAAACACAUGUGACAGGUACACUAUACUUCCUCCCUACGUAGGGCACACAAACACAUUAUUUAUCUCUACAUGGAGUACUUGACUUAAAACCUACAUAGGACAUUUCCUACCCCAUAUACACCCUACAUAGGACAUUUCCUACCCCAUAUACACCCUACAUAGGGAACAUAAUGAGUCACAGACACAUACACACACAUAAACACACAUACACACUUUUAAUUUAUUUGUGUAUCUAAUAAACCUGUGUAUGUGUGUGGUGUGUGUGUGCCUGUGUGUGUGUGCCUGUGUGUGUUUGUGUGUGUACCUGUGUGUGUGUGUGUGUGUGUGUGUGUGUGUGUGUGUGCCUGUGCCUGUGCCUGUGUGUGUGGUGUGUGUGUGUGUGGUGUGUGGUGUGUGUGUGUGUGUGUGUGUGUGUGUGUGUGUGUGUGUGUGUGUGUGUGUGUGUGUGUGUGUGUGUGUGUGUGUGUGUGUUCCCGGUGCAGCCCUGCGAUGUUAGAAGAGAGCCAGGAUGGUAUGGACAGUGGUAGCCUGACUCCAGCUUCAGCUCGACAGGUCUGCAUUCAGCGCCACCCCAGCCAAGGCUUCGGAUUCAUAGCAGGCAGCCAGAGACCAGUCAUCAUACGCUCCGUCUCUGCAGGUAGGUAGGGAUCUGUGUGUGUGUAUGUGUGUGUGUGAGUCUGUGUGUGUGUGUGUGAGUCUGUCUGUGUGUGUGUGUGUGUGUAUCUGAGAGCGAUAGAGCGAGAGAUAGAUAGAGAGAUAAUAUAUGAGUAUUGUCAGUUUGAUGUCUGUGUCUGUGUGUCCGUCCAUUACGCAUAGACUAAGUGUUCCUCUGCGUCUGCGUGUGCGUGUGUGUGUGUGUAUGUGUGUGUGUGUGUGUGUGUAUAUGCUGACCCAGACGGCCCGUCCAUCGGCAAGCUUCUCCCUGGAGACCAGAUCCUGGCAAUCAAUGAGGAGGUGGUGAGCGAGGCUCCCCGGGAGAGAGUCAUAGACCUUGUAAGGUAACAUCCUUUAUAUCACCACAGGGGGAGGGGGGAGGGGUGGGGAAUGGGGAGGUCAAGGGGUGGUGGGUUUGGCGAGGAAGGUAGAGCGAGGGGGAGGGGGAGGUAAGGAAUGAGUCGAGGAGGAGAAUCCAAUGCUCUGUGUCUCUAGAUUGUUGUUCGUCUAUAGCCUACACCUUAUGUGAGUCUGGGACAGGACGAAGCUUUGGUGGGAAUGUUUUUCUAAGCUCAUUCAAUGUGUGAACUCUCACAACACAUAAGAGCAGUAUCUGCAGUACAUUCAGCAGCAGCAGUACAGCGGUGAUCGUUCUGUGUGUUUGAAGGCUAAAGUAACGGAGAAAUAGUCUGUCUCUAAGCCUCAUAUAUUCCAUAGAAACAUAAUGGGACAGAUGAAUCACAGAGAACAGAGAGGAGGUCUAGCAGGUAAAAACAGGACCGUUUCUUCCAAUGCCACAGCUCUAGUGUUACCUAACCCACUCCACACUCCUCUCUCCUCUCUGCUGCCUGUCCUCUCUAUAGAUGCUGCAAAGACUCCAUAGUUCUCACUGUGCUGCAGCCUCACCAGGUAACAAUACACAGCUCUCGCUCACCGUUUCUCUCCGUAUUUUUACUAUUUUCUACAUCAAAAUAUAUUCUACAUCAAAAUAUAUUUUAUAUUUGAGAUUCUUCAAAUAGCCACCCUUUGCCUUGAUGACAGCUUUGCACACUCUUAGCAUUUAACACUUGUUUGGUUACUCAUGAUUCCAUAUGUGUUAGUUCAAUGUAGAAAAUAGUCAAAAUAAAGAAAAACCUUUGAAUGAGUAGGUGUUCUAAAACGUUUGACCGGUAGUGUAUAUAAGUCCCAAAUAAGGGUUAUAUGGCUUGUAACCAUAGCUGAACCCUUUUUGGUCUGUAAAGAACAAUACUCAUAAGGUUCUAAAUGGAACCUGUAUGGUGCUAUAAAGAACCCUUUCCCAAGGUUCUAUAAAGAACCAUUAAAUGGUUACAAGCCUUUUUGGGGCUAUAUAGAAACCUUUUUUAUGGUUCCUUAUAGAACCUUUAUGGAGAACGGAGUGUACAAAACAUUAGGAACACCUUCCUAAUAUUGAGUUGCACCGCCUUUUGCCCUCAGAGCACCCUCAAUUCGUCGGGGCAUGGACUCAACAAGGUGUCGAAAGUGUUCUACAGGGAUGCUGGCCCAUGUUGAUGCCAAUGGUUCCCACAGUUGUGUCAAGUUGGCAUGAAAAACCCAGCAGCGUUGCAGUUCUUGACACACUCAAACUGGUGCGCCUGGCACCUACUACCAUACCCCAUUCAAAGGCACUUGAAUCUUUUGUCUUGCCCAUUCACCCUCUGAAUGGCACGCAUACACAAUCCAUGUCUCAAUUGUCUCAAGGCUUAAAAAUCCUUAAUCUACACAGAUUGAAGUGUAUUUAACAAGUGACAUCAAUAAGGGUUCAUAGCUUUGACCUGGUCAGUCUAUGUCAUGGAAAGAACCAUAUAGGGUUUUUUAUUCUGGUUUAAUAGUCAUAUUGUUAAAAUUCCAUAAUUGUAUUGUUGUGUUUAUUGGUUUAUUGACAAGUCGAACAGCUAGGGUUCCCUGAAGAGAAAACUGAGAACUACUGACAUAGUCAACCAUUCUCAGUUGACACAAGGCCAUACGUAAAUCUUUCACUAGACACUGUCACCGACAGUAUUCAAAUAAAAAAUGUAAUUACGUAACACAACAGACUAGAUAAACUGGAAUGACUCUCUCACUCACGGUUGCACAAAAAGAGCUGUGAACAAACCACGCCCCCAAAUAUUCAGAUGAGCCGCUGCCCAUACAUUCAGUAGUGGAAAAGUACCCAAUUGUCAUACUUGAGUAAAAGUAAAGAUACCUUAGUAGAAAAUGACUCAAGUAAAAGUGAAAGUCACCCAGUAAAAUACUACUUGAGUAAAAGUCUAGAAGUAUUUGGUUUUACAUAUACUUAAGUAUCAAAAGUAAAAGUAUAAAUCAUUUCAAAUUCCUUAUAUUAAGCAAACCAGACAGCCACAUUUUCUAGUUGUUUUAUUUUAUUUACAGAUAGCCAGGGGCACACUCCAUCACUCAGACAUCAUUUACAAACAAAGCAUGUGUUUAUUGAGUCUGCUAGAUCAGAGACAGUAGGAAUGACCAGGGAUGUUUUCUUGAUAAGUGUAUGAAUUGGACAAUUUUCCUGACCUGCUAAGCAUUCAAAAUGUAACGAGUACUUUUGGGUGUCAGGGAAAAUGUAUGGAGUAAAAAGUACAUUAUUUUCUUUAGGAAUGUAGUGAAGUAAAAGUAAAAGUAGUCCAAAAUAUAAAUAGCGAAGUAAAGUACAGAUACCCUCCCAAAAAACAUAAGUAGUACUUUAAAGUAUUUGUACUUAAGUACUUUACACCACUGCGUACAUUUGAAUUAUCACUAAAAGAGGAACUAACCCUUUUUUGAACUGCAAAGAACCAUUGGGUUAAAGGGUUCUUUGCGUCUGUAUGGUUCCACAUAGAACCAGCACCCUUCCCAAAGAACCCUUGAGGAACACUCAUUUUUUAGUGUGCUGUGCUACUGAACACAAUCACCUCUAUAGGCUACAUGGCUACUGCUACAAUUUCUCGUCUCAACAGUCUGUUUCAAAAGCACUGUUUUAUGCACAAACACAUAUCAGUUAUUUUGUUGCCUUUGUAAUUACAGACCCAUGCUCAGCCAGGCAUGUAAUGAAACUUUAAUGUAAAACGUCCUAAUUAUUUAACCAUCUAACUAAAUCACAUUUUUGCUAAACAUAACUAAAUGGUUUCAAAUCAUAAAACUUUUCUCAUUUGUUUAAUUUGAUUGUUAAUGCAGUGAAUAAAACCUAAAUGUCUUAUAAGCUAUGGAGAUAGAUAGAGAUGUUUCUUCCUCUCUUUCCUCUCUUCUCUUCCAGUCACCUGUUUCCUCUCCUCUCUUCCAGUCACCUGUUUCCUCUCCUCUCUUCCAGUCACCUGUUUCCUCUCUUCUCUUACAGUCACCUGUUUCCUCUCUUCUCUUCCAGUCACCUGUUUCCUCUCUUCUCUUCCAGUCACCUCUUUCCUCUCCUCUCUUCCAGUCACCUGUUUCCUCUCUUCUCUUCCAGUCACCUGUUUCCUCUCUUCUCUUCCAGUCACCUGUUUCCUCUCUUCUCUUCCAGUCACCUCUUUCCUCUCCUCUCUUCCAGUCACCUGUUUCCUCUCUUCUCUUCCAGUCACCUGUUUCCUCUCUUCUCUUCCAGUCACUUGUUUCCUCUCUUCUCUUCCAGUCACCUCUUUCCUCUCCUCUCUUCCAGUCACUUGUUUCCUUUCUUCUCUUCCAGUCACCUGUUUCCUUUCUUCUCUUCCAGUCACCUGUUUCUUCCUCUCUUUUCUCUCCUCUCUUCCAGUCACCUGUUUCCUCUCUUCUCUUCCAGUCACCUGUUUCCUCUCUUCUCUUCCAGUCACCUGUUUCCUCUCUUCUCUUCCAGUCACCUGUUUCUUCCUCUCUUUCCUCUCCUCUCUUCCAGUCACCUGUUUCCUCUCUUCUCUUCCAGUCACCUAAGUCAGCCUUUAUAAGUGCAGCUAAGAAGGCCCAUCUGAGAACCAACCCGCCCAAAGUGCGCUUUUCAGAGCAAGUGUCCUUCAGUGACCCAGACUCAGUAAGUAUACUCUUUCUAUCUCUCUCUCUCCAUUUCUGUCUCCCUCUCUGUCGUUUCUUGUUUUCUCAAUCUUUCAUUCUCUCUCACUCUCGCUAUUUUUCUGUAACACAAUUUCUCUCACUACUCAGUCUUUCUCCACGUCUCUCUAAAACGUUCUCCUCUGUUUAUUCUCUCUUUACCCUGGGCCUGGGCCUGUCUCCCGGCUGAUUAAACAUGGCUGAACAUCCUCUUCCUCUCCAUCACCGUGUUUGUAUUUUGGGUAGCUGACUACUUGCACCAUACAAAACAGCCUUGGGUCCAACACAGUGCAGCUUUUUGAUUAUAAAUUGUUCUCCUCCAGAUCGAUGUCCCCUCUCUCUGGUAGAGCACAGGUUGCACCUCUAAACUGUUUCUAAGACGUUUGUUAAACAUUGGGCACAUUUUGUAUUCAGCUGCAGCAGAAGCGUUACAGUGUUAGGCUGGCUGAGAGCUGAGAUGUAAAGUCCCUACUUGGCUGUGAAGGACCCUCUCCCCUGGGUGUAGACCUGAUACAGGGAGAGAGAGAUGGUCCAACACCCCUGGGUGGAGGCCUGAUACAGGGAGAGAGAGAUGGUCCCUCUCCCCUGGGUGGAGGCCUGAUACAGGGAGAGAGAGAUGGUCCUUCUCCCCUGGGUGUAGGCCUGCUACAGGGAGAGAGAGAUGGUCCUUCUCCCCUGGGUGUAUGGAGGCUAAAUGAAUAAAUAAGUGUAGACAGGGGUGAACCUAUUCUCUUCCCAAGUCUCUCCAUCUCAAUCUAUCUCUGACCACCCCCUUUCUCUCUCCCUCACUCUUUCUCGUUGAAGUAAGUUCUGUUGAUCAUAUGGUAUAUAUCAAAGAUAUAUGGUGCGUAGAAAUCCGAAGAGGGUGGCCAGCAGAGAUAGGUGGGAUGGGCUUAGGGAAGCUGAGGGUUGGGAUGUGGAAUUGGAAUUGGAGACAAGUGGGAAUGGAGUUGCUGGGCAGGGGGAUAGAAUGACGAUCAAAGAUGAACGUAAAAAAAAGUCAAAAUAAAACAAAACAAAAAGUACAUUUGAAUGACACUGAGGGGCAGUGUUGUUACAGCUAAUGCCUGUUUGCCUGAGGCUGAUGCCGCGCAGGGGUUUGUAAACAUGCAUAUACACACACUCUCAUUCAAAUGCACACACGUACACAUACACGGACACACACACAUACACACGUAAAUAGUGCCAUACAUGCACUCAAACAUAUUCAGUUGGCCUUGCUGUUUUUAUUUUUAAAAUUUUUAUUUUAAUUUUUUUAAGCCAUUUUAUUGUAUUUUUCUUGGGGGGGGGGGGGACUGUGGGGGGGCAGUCUAUGAUGGUUGAGGGGCAGCUCUGGGGGAACUGUGGGGGGGUCUCGGAUGUUUGAGGGGCAGCUCUGGGGGAACUGUGGGGGGGGGGGGUCUCGGAUGGUUGAGGGGCAGCUCUGGGGGAACUGUGAGGGGGGGGUCUCGGAUGGUUGAGGGGCAGCUCUUGGAGCCCCGUGUAGCUCAGUUGGUAGAGCAUGGCGUUUGCAACGCCAGGGUUGUGGGUUCGAUUCCCACGGGGGGGCCAGUAUGAAAAAUGUAUGCACUCACUAACUGUAAGUCGCUCUGGAUAAGAGUGUCUGCUAAAAUGACUAAAAAAACUCUGGGGGUCUCGGAUGGUUGAGGGGCAGCUCUUGGAGAACUGUGGGGGGGGGGUCUUGGAGGGCUGGUGGCCUGGCGGUUAAGAGCUUGGGCUGGUGGCUCAUAGGUCGCUGGUUCGGGUCCCCGUUUUUGACCUUGUGGGAGAUCUGUCGACGUGCCCUUGAGCAGGGCGCUGACCCUGGUUGCUUCUGUGGGUCUCUCUGGAUGGGAGUCUGUUAGAUUACUAAUGUGAUGUAGUUGUUGAGUGGCUUCACUGCAAGUAGACUGUAUGUUUUAUAUAUACAAAAUAAAAAAAGUAUGUUGAUCAGAGCUGGAGGCAGAGGGAGGGAGGUGAGGGGAGGAGGAGGGUUAGCGAUUGGCAAAGAUCAGACCAUCCCCCUUCGGCAGAGCAUUUAAUCAUGUCUAUCCGUCUCCUGUGAUCAGAGGCUGGGAGUGGGGAUUGAUUGGUUUGGACUUGCUUAUCAGUGCAGACCACCUAACCUGAGCGUUUGAAGUUAAUCGACAUAGAAGGAAAGAGAGAUGAGGCGGCUAUAUGUUCAGCCACAACUACAUCUACUAGGCACGCGUCCCAAAUGGCACCCUAUUCUCUAUAUAGUGCACUAAUUUUAACAGGAGCCAAUAGGGCUCUGGUCAAAAGUAGUGCACUAUAUAGAAAAUAGGGUGUCAUUUGGGAGGCAGGCCUGCCUGCACUGCUCUGCUCCACGCUCGGCUAACACAGGCCGUUAUGCUAAAUUCAACCUUUACUUCUGUCAUCAUUAUCCACCUCAGGUCUUAGAGAGAAGCCAUGGUAGACUGGGUGGAAUUCUAAACUACACCCUUUUUGGUUCCAGGUGGAACCCUUUUGGAAAGGGUUUCAUAUGGAACCCAAAAGAGUUCUACCUGGAACCAAAAGGGGUUCUUAAAAGGGUUCUCCUAUGGGGACAGCCGAAAUACCCUUUUAGGUUCUAGAUAGCACCUCUAGAUAGUGUAGCCUAGCUGACAUCUUAUGUGGAUACAUCUGUAGUGUAGUGUAGUCAGUCUAUUCCAAAUGAUGUUCAUUUCAUUACCUCUCAUCAGAUACAGUAGUUGUUGAAUAUUAUCACAUUUUAGUCAUUUAGCAGACACUCUUAUCCAGAGCGACAUACAGAAGCAAUUAGUUACUGGCCUUGUGCCUUGCACUUUCAGCCUUGUGCCUUGCACUUUCAGCCUUGUGCCUUGCACUUUCAGCCUUGUGCCUUGUACUUUCAGCCUUGGGCCUUGGACUUUCAGCCUUGUGCCUUGUACUUUCAGCCUUGUGCCUUGGACUUUCAGCCUUGUGCCUUGGACUUUCAGCCUUGUGCCUUGUACUUUCAGCCUUGUGCCUUGUACUUUCAGCCUUGUCCUUGUACUUUCAGCCUUGUCCUUGUACUUUCGGCCUUGUGCCUUGUACUUUCAGCUCCUAACCACUAGGCUACAUUGUCCAUCUUCCUCUCUUCUCUCUUCUCUCUGUUCACCAAGUGAUUUUCAGAACAGCAGUGGAUGCUUGUGAUGUGUGUAUAUAACUCACUCUACAUCCCUCAUUCACCCUCCUGAUGACACCACCUCUGGAGAGAGUGAAGACGUGUCACGGCCCAUCUCCCUACCUAGACGGAACUCAGCUCCAGCAGAGGAAACUUUUCUGAUGAGUGGCUGAUAAAAGCAGAAUAACCUUGAGUUAUCAGGCCUCCUGCAGCUCUCCCUGGGCUACGCAACCACCACACUUUAUAGUCUAUUCAGCCAGCUAGCUUCCAAUUGUACUUGCAGCACCGGCACAUACAUAUUAAAUUGAUGCAUUGAGGAAAUGUAAUAAGCUGUUCUUUGAUCACAGCACAAAGUAUCCCCCCCCCCCCCCCCCAAAAAAAAGCUCCAGCCUGGUCCCUUCUCAACUGCUUUUAGAUGGAAUGUACUUCUCUCUGCACAUUCCACAGUUCUGGAGCUCUGACUUCAUUCAGUUAUAGCCCUGAUCCCCUACUCUGGGGUUGAUUAAAUGUACUGUACCAUGUUGAUGUAGGAUAUUAACCUUUUAAGUACUUUCUCAGAUACCUCAUCUUGCCUCUCUCUUACUGCUAUAAGAGGCACUAAGGUUUUACAUUUGCUCUCUCUCUCUCUCUCUCUCUCUCUCUCUUUCUCUCCCUCCCUCUCUCUCUCUCUCCCUCUCUCUCUCUCCCUCCCUCUCUCUUUCUCUCCCUCCCUCUAUCUCUGCGCCUCUCCCUCUCCCUCCUCUCCCUCUCUCUCUCUCUCUCUCCCUCCCUCUCUCUUUCUCUCCCUCCCUCUAUCUCUGCGCCUCUCCCUCUCCCUCCACCCUCUCCCUCUCCCUCUCUCUGUCUCUCCAUCUCUCUCUCUCACAGACAAUGCUAAAGGACGACUCUUUGCUACUCAUACCAAAUGUGCUGAAGGUGUUCCUGGAGAAUGGUCAGAUCAAGUCCUUCACGUUUGACAGCCGCACCACUGUCAGGGUACGUAUAUAGUUAGGGUCCAAUUUGUAAACAUUACCAACAGAGUGAAUGUGAAAACUGAUUUUAAAAGGUCACUCUCUGCUGGUGAUUUGCAGGAUGUGCAAUGAUACAAGUAAAAGGAGGGCUGCGAUUGGUUACAUUGCCUGCUGUGCCCAUGUAUCUGUAUUAAAUGGGCCAUAACUCUAAAAGUAGUAGAUAUCUGGAACUUUGAUACGCCCGUAGAGUAUAUCAUGUUCAACGAUACAUUGUAAAAUACUACUCAUAUUACAGAGCAAGAGGUGAAGCUUCAUAUAACACCAAAUGUUGCUUUGUAGCACCUACAGACAAAACAUUAUCGAUGUGAUGGGAAUCCAAUUAUUUUUUUAUUUUAUUCACGUUAGUUGACAACUCAACCAAAUGUAAAUCAAAACUAGACGUUGUACUGACGUCUGUGCCCAGCGGGUAUAACCAUCAUACAAAUAUUUAAUGACGCCACUGAUGGUAAGACCCCCCCACAGUGUUGGAGGAACAGGCCUAGUUAUGAGAAGCCCACUUCCUUCAAUUCCCAGUAUUUUAUAAUGGCUGUGGAUGCAUCUCAAAUGGCACCCUAUUCCCUAUAUAGUGCACUACUUUUGACCCAAGCCUUAUGGGUUCUGGUCAACAUUAGUGUGCUGAAAAGGGAAUAGGGUACCAUAUGGGGCACAUGCUGUAAUAUUGUAAUGACAUCCAGCAGUCAGUCAAGAGACAGAUAGAAGUCAUUACCAUCUACUAUCAGGCUAUGAGACGACUCUGACAUCUCCCACCAGACUCAUUAAAGGCACAAUAUUACAUUUCAGAAAUCUCUUUUCCUGCUCAUUCAGGGAGCGAGGGAUGGAUGGAGGGAGCGAGAGAGAAUGAGAGAGAAAGGGAGGGAGGGACAAAAAUGACUAGGGUUUUCUCCAUCCACCAUUAUGAUAGGUCAUUGGCUGCACACACACACACACACACACACACACACACACACACACACACACCACAUGCACACACUAACACUAUCCAAGUACUGUAUUUGUCUGAGUUGAAAUACAGUAUGUUAUGAAAUCUUACCCUCAGUCACAAGGAGCAAAGAGAAGAAUACACCGGAGUUCCAAAUGGCACCCUAUUAACAAAAGUAUAUAGUGCACUACUUUUGACCAGCGCCCAUAGGCCUCUACAGUAAUGCACUAUACAGCACCAUUUGGAAUGCAGACAGUACGGGCCUAGGUUACAUUUCCUCUGCAGUGUGGAGAGAGAGAGAGAGAGAGAGAGAGAGAGAGAGAGGAGAUAGACGAAGAGAUAGAGAGAGAAGCUAGAUAGAGAUAGAGCAAGGACGAGAAGAGUAGAGACUCUUACGCUUACUCGCUUGACGCUCUCUAUCAUCCCAUCUCCCUUCGCUCUCGAUCUCUACUCGCCUCUACUACUCUCGUCUCUCUCUCUCUCUCUCUCUCUCUCUCUCUUCUCUCUCUCUCUCUCUCUCUCUCUCCUCUCUCUCUCUCUCCCCUCUUCUCUCCUCUCUCUCUCUCCUCUCUCUCUCUCUCUCUCUCUCCCUCUACCUCCUCCUCUCUCUCUCCUCUCUACUCUCCAUCCCCUCUCAUCUCUUCUAUCCCUUUAUCUAAUCAAAGCAUCAUCUACUAAUUUUAUAGUAAGAGAAGCACACAAAGAAGUCUACCAAUAACCCACAUUUCCCUCCACAGUUUUUAUGGAGUAAAGUUCAUACUUAUUUUUUUUUAAAUCACGACAAAUGUGACGGAAACAAUAAGUUUCGGUACAAUUUUAUGAAUGCAGACAGAUGAUUUGUUCGUUCGACAUGGUGGGAUGGUUUUAUGUACGUAAAAUGAAUUAUGCGAGAAAUUGUGAUAAAAACGCCUUCAUGCACAAAUAUUGAUAUAAUAACAAUCAUAUCGAAGUAAACUUGGAGUCACGUGAUGAUAUGGUGUGUAGUCCUCUCACUAUGACUCGGGAAAGCAUAGUUUAUUAGGCUACAGAUGAAAUAGUUAUGAUGAACUUCACAGGGUGGUGAAAGUUCACGGUGAUCUUGAUGCUCCGUUCUAAUAAAUACUGAAGGUCUUGUUCUGGUGACAUGAUGAUCAAUGCUUGACUGCCGUUUGACAAAUAAAAAUAUUCUUGCUCAUAUCCAUAAUAAUGUAGACUAGGCUACCAGAACUAUAUCUGCCAGCUGUUGUCUAGACCGCACAGGCCAAAACCAGAGUAGGUACAUCUGCUAUUUAACGCAACACUUUUUGUGACAAAACCAUCGGCAGAGUUGAAAAUGCGACGGAAACACAUUGAACUUUAGAUUUGUAUUCGGUACAUGAAAACUUAAGCAAAAAAGUACAUGGAGUGCGCUAUGUCAUCACGCACUAAUUUUAUCCUCAACAAGUCCGUUUGGUGGAAACACACCACUGGUGGGAAAAUGUGCAUAUUUUCUUUAUGUGGAUUUCAGAAAAUUCACAUGAAAUUCCGUCGCCAUGGAAACCUAGCUAGUAGUACAGUAUAUUGAUCCCAAUGCAACACCGUGAGAGAGCAAAUAGAGCUCUGGCAAUUAAGUACAGACGGGAUGCGUCCCAAAUAACACGCUAUUCCCUUUCCCUACAUAGUGCACUACUUUUGACAGUUAGUGCACUAUUACAGGGACUAGUGUAGAUAGGGAAUGACCUCUGAAACCCUCAUUGGAGAAGAUAACAGGAUAGUUUGGUCUAUUUGUGCGGACAGCCACAUGUAGAGAAAUCUACGUCGCACAGAUAAAAAUCAUAACACAGGAGGACAUUAAAUAUUUAAUAAAUAUUGCAAGAGAUAAAUGCUAUCCAUAAACUCCAAAUAAAUCUCUCCCUCUUUCCUUCUCCCUCUCUAGGACGUGAUCUCGUCCCUGCAGGACCGCCUGUCCCUGCGUUACAUAGAGCACUUUGCCCUGGUGCUGGAGUCAGGUGGGCUGGACCAGGACCAGAGACUACACAUGCUGCAGGAGAACCAGCCGCUCUCACAUGUAAGGGAGCCAACAGUUACUCUAUUCCUCCUGAUUAUCAUGUUACAGUCAUUCUAAGAGCAGUGUAGGUGUAAUAUAGCCUGGUUAAACCAGACUGAAUCAUUACCAAGGACAAAGCUCUUCAGACCAUGGCAAAUUGUUUACACUCAUAGAAAUAGAAUCUAUAGAUUAGAUAGCAUGGUAAUCACCUUCCAUUGACUAGCUGUGUUUGUCUACUAUGUUGUGAAGGAAGCUGUUAUGAUAUAGAUGUUAUUCAUGACGUCUCCCUCUCUCUCCUCAGGUGGUGCACAGGACGUAUUUCCAGGGGAUGAAGUGUCUCUUCCGCAUCUGCUUCUUCCCCAAGGAUCCAGCAGACCUGCUCAGGAGGGACCCUGCAGCCUUCGAGUACCUCUACAUACAGGUGGGGCUACAGCCUUCAGGUACCUCUAGGUGGGGAUACCAUGGAUACAAACCUCAUGAUUCUGUUUGGAUUGUCAAGGGGUUCUUUCUGCAGCGGAGCCCCUCAGCCCACUGAGCCAACUAAAGGCUUAGAACCUCUGGCACCCAUGAGUAGUUCCAGAUUUAUGUCCUUCUCCAUCUCAUUCUAGAAUGGAGUUAUAGUAAAUCUCACAUGCUAGAGAUUCUGCCAUACCAAGAUGGUAUAUAGACGUAGCAAAACCAGUUUCACGUCACGUCCAACACAAAUCAAAGAAGUAAUCAGUGCAACUUCAAUAUCUCUCUGUCUCACCCCUUUGCAUAAGAUUGCUGGAAGAGGUUCCUGACAAGGACAUCCAUCUCUGUUAUAGCUGUGCCUAAAACUGUAUAACCUGAAAAACAUGACAUUACCCCCACCCCACCACAGAGUCGCAAUGAUGUCAUCAAAGAGCGCUUCGGCAUGGACUGGAAGUCUGACGUCACACUGCGGCUGGCGGCGCUUCAUAUCUACAUCACAGUGUCGUCGGCCAGACCUAAUCAGAAGAUCUCCCUCAAGAAUGUGGAGUAAGUGUGUGUGUGUGUGUAUGUGUGUGUGUGUGUCUUACGACAAAAUGGAUCGCUCAGCUGCAUGACUCAUUACUCAGACACUUCACAGACCGAAAUGCGUGUCUCCGUAUUCCAUUAUAUUUAAUAAAAAAUGUCUUAGCUCUAAUAUGUUGAAGUGUGGUAUCCAGCUGAGCUUCUAAAAGUAUAUCAAAAUGAUCCAUAAUUAAUCCAUCUAAUAUUAAAAGCAGAAACCACUCAAACCACAAGCUCAAGUCACUCUGACACCAAGAAAUUCCUUUUAGAAUUAAAAUUCCCUUUGGCCACACAUUUAGUCAUAUCCCCAACUUACCAGAUAACUAGAUAACUCUGACAGACAGACAUUCCCAGAUAACUAUAGAGAACAAAAAUAUAAAUUAAACAUGUAAAGUGUUGGUCCCAUGUUUCAUGAGCUGAAAUAAAAGAUCCCAGAAAUGUUCCAUAAGCACAAAAAGCUUAUUUCUCUCAAAUUGUGCACAAACUUCUUUACAUCCCUGUUAGUGAGCAUUUCUCCUUUGCCAAGAUAAUCCAUCCACCUGACAGGUGUGAGAUAUAAAGGAGCUGAUUAAACAGCAUGCUCAUUACACAGGUAUAAAAUAAAAGGCCACUCUAAAAUGUACAGUUUUGUCACACAACACAAUGCCACAAAUGUCUCAAGUUUGCAAUUGGCAUGCUGACUGCAGAAAUGUCUACCAGAGCUGUUGCCAGAGAAUUGAAUGUUAAUUUCUCUACCAUAAGCCGCCUCCAACGUCGUUUUAGAGAAUUUGUUAGUACAUCCAAUCGGCCUCAUAACCGCAGACCCUGUGACACCACGCCAGCCCAAGGACCUCCACAUCCAGCUUCUUCACCUGCAGGAUCGACUGAGACCAGCCACCCGGACAGCUCAUGAAAUUGUGGGUUUGCACAACUGAAGAAUUUCUGCACAAACUGUCAGAAACCGUCUCAGGAAAGCUCAUCUGCUUGCUCGUCAUCCUCACCAGGGUCUUGACCUGAUUGCAGUUUGGCGCUGUAACCGACUUCAGUGGGCAAAUGCUCACCUUCGAUGGCCACUGGCACGCUGGAGAAGUGUGCUCUUCACGGAUUAAUCCCAGUUUCAACUGUACCGGGCAAAUGGCAUCGUGUGGGCGAGCGGUUUGCUUAUGUCAACGUUGUGAACAGAGUGCCCCAUGGUGGUGGUGGGGUUAUGGUAUGGGCAGGCAUAAGCUACGGACAACAAACACAAUUGCAUUUUGAAUGAACAGAGACAAGAUCCUGAGGCCCAUUGUCGUGCCAUUUAUCCACGGCCAUCACCUCAUGUUUCAGCAUGAAAAUGCACAGCCUCGUGUCGUAAGGAUAUGUACACAAUUCCUAACUCACUCUGACACAGACAUUACCAGAUAACUAACUCACUCUGACUGACAGACAUUACCAGAUAACUAACUCACUCUGACUGACAGACAUUACCAGAUAACUAACUCACUUUGACUGACAGACAUUACCAGAUAACUAACUCCCUCUGACAGACAUUACCAGAUAACUAACUCCCUCUGACAGACAUUACCAGAUAACUAACUCACUCUGACUGACAGACAUUACCAGAUAACUAACUCACUCUGACUGACAGACAUUACCAGAUAACUAACUCACUCUGACUGACAGACAUUACCAGAUAACUAACUCACUCUGACUGACAGACAUUACCAGAUAACUAACUCACUCUGACUGACAGACAUUAUCAGAUAACUAACUCACUCUGACUGACAGACAUUACCAGAUAACUAACUCACUCUGACACAGACAUUACCAGAUAACUAACUCACUAUGACAGACAGACAUUACCAGAUAACUAACUCACUCUGACUGACAGACAUUACCAGAUAACUAACUCACUCUGACUGACAGACAUUACCAGAUAACUAACUCACUCUGACAGACAGAUAUUUUACUAAUUUAGCAGAUACUCUUAUCCAGAGUGACUUACAAUCAGUGCAUUCAACUAGAAAAAAACAACCACAUAAUAUGUGAGUGAAUACAAGGAAAUGACAUGAAUUGCAAGUCAAGUCACUGCAUUGCAUUCAGUCACACAGACAGAGUAGACCCAGUGUCCUCCCUCCUGUCUGAGUCUGACUCUGAGGGUGGCCUUGUCAACCCUGUCAGUUUGACGGAGAAUAAGAGGAGUAGCUCCAUGAGUCUUUGGCUGCAUCCCAACUGGCACCCUAUUCCCUAUAUAGUGCACUACUUUUGACCAGGGCCCACAGGGCUAUAAAGGGAAUAGGGUGCCAUUUGGGACGUAGCCCUCGAGUGCUGAACCAUUCGUAUAGAGACAUAGGAGAGACCCAGAGAGCGCAAGGGAGAAGAAGGGGAGAAGAGAGAGCCCAGAAGACGAGAGAGAGAGAGAGAGCCAGCCCGCCAGAGGAGAAAAGAAGAGAGAGAGGAGAGAGAAAAGAGAGAUAGAGCGGGAGAGAAAGAGAAGGAAAGAGGCAGGAGGAGAGAGAACAGCGAGAGAGAGAGAAGCGAGAGAGAAGGAAGGGGGAGAAGAGAGGGAGAGAGGAGAGAGAAGGAGAGAGAGAGAGAAAAGAGGAAGAGAGAGAGAGAGAAGAAGGAAAGAUAGCAAAGAGGAGGAGAGAAGGGGAGGGGAGGAAAGGAGGGGGAGAGAGGGAGAGAGGAGAGGAGUAGAGAAAGAGAAAGAGGAGAGGAGAAAAGAGAAAGAGAGAGAGAGAAGGGAAAAGGAAGAGAGAGAGGAAGAGAGAAAAGGAGGAAGAGAGAAACGGAGAUAAAGAGAGCUCGAAAAAGGGGAGAGAGGGGGCUAAUGGGCCCUAGCUCUCGGCGUAAAGUCCUAUCGUAGACCUCUAUCUCUCUCUCUCUCUUCUCUAUCUCUCUCUCUUUCUCUCUCUCCCUCCCCAGGAAAGAGUGGGGUCUGGAACCCUUCCUACCCCUCACUCUGCUGCCCACCAUCAAGGAGAAGAAUGUGUGCAAGACCCUGUCACAGCUGCUCAAGACCUAUCAGCAUCUGCCUCCCUCCGGCAACAAGGUGAUCUCUCCUCUCUGUCACCAAUGACCUUCCAUUCAGUAAAUAUUCUCUAGAUACAGCAUAGCUAUAACACUGAGUAAUUCAGAUUAAUUGUACCUUUUAUCUUGCACUCUCAGUUAAGCAGUUUAUCUUUGUUUCUGAUUGGCUGUGGCGUUUCAAACGUGUUUAAACAGUGUGCUGGUGCCCCUAUACAUGGCUAUACAGUGCCCCCAAGAGGACAUGUACAGUAUUGCAGUCAAUAAUCCACUGGUCAUCCUUGGGUGAAUCUCAACCAUAUAGAGUGGCUUUUCCUCCCCGUCUCCUUUCCUUCAUCACUGAUCUGAAAUCACAACAUGGAGGAUGCCAACUAGGAUUUUAAUUUCACCUGUAAUGUUAGUGCAGAUCAAGGAGAGGAGACGAGUAGAGGAAGCCACUGGAGACUAUUGAGACUGAGCCCUUGAGUGUUGUGUUGUGUCUACUGACAGGUCCCUCCUCUCCAGGGAAAGCUGCAGUACAUGCGCGUGCUCAACGACCUUCCGCCCUUUGGAGGCUUGCUGUUCCACACCGUCGGACUAGUAAUGGCAACAUUCUCUUAUAAACAUUCCCACAUUAUACUGUAUAUGAGUCCGACUCCUUUAUGAUGAAUUUGAUUUCCAUAGGAAUUUCUCUUAUGUCAAGGUACAGCUCAUGUUGAUGUUUUGCUGUAGCCUUGUAGUAUCCCAGGCCAGAAAUCCAAACGGAUAUAAUAAGUAUAGUCAACCCUAAACUGUUACUACGUACAUAUAUAUAUAUACAGUCAUGGCCAAAAUUGUUGGCACCCCUGAAAUUUUUCCAGAAAAUGAAGUAUUUCUCACAGAAAAGUAUUGAAAUUACACAUGUUUUGCUAUGCACAUGUUUAUUUCCUUUGUGUGUAUUGGAAUAACACAAAAAAAAACAGGAAAAAAAGCAAAUUUGACAUAAUUUCACACAAAACUCAAAAAAUGGGCCGGACAAAAUGAUUGGCACCCUUAACUUAAUAUUUAGUUGCACACCCUUUGGAAAAAAUAACUGAAAUCAGUCGCUUCCUAUAACCAUCAAUAAGCUUCUUACACUUCUCACCCGGAAUUUUGGACCACUCUUCUUUUGCAAACUGCUCCAGGUCUCUCAUAUUGGAUGGGUGCCUUUUCCCAACAGCAAUUUUAAGAUCUCUCCACAGGUGUUCAAUGGGAUUAAGAUCUGGACUCAUUGCUGGCCACUUCAGAACUCUCCAGCGCUUUGUUGCCAUCCAUUUCUGGGUGCUUUUUGAAGUAUGUUUGGGGUCAUUGUCCUGCUGGAAGACCCAUGAUCUCGGACGCAAACCCAGCUUUCUGACACUGGGGCCCUACAUUGCGACCCAAAAUCCUUUGGUAAUCCUCAGAUUUCAUGAUGCCUUGCACACAGUCAAGGCACCCAGUGCCAGAGGCAGCAAAACAACCCCAAAACAUCUUUGAACCUCCACCAUAUUUGACUGUAGGUACUGUGUUCUUUUCUUUGAAGGCUUCAUUACAUUUUCGGUAAACAGUAGAAAGAUGUGCUUUACCAAAAAGCUCUAUCUUGGUCUCAUCUGUCCAUAAGACGUUCUCCCAGAAGGAAUUUGGCUUACUCAUGUACAUUUUGGCAAAACUGUAGUCUUGCUUUUUUAUGUCUCUGUGUCAGCAGUGGGGUCCUCCUGGGUCUCCUGCCAUAGCGUUUUCAUUUCAUUCAAAUUUCGACGUAUAGUUCGCGCUGACACUGAUGCACCCUGAGCCUGCAGGACAGCUUGAAUUUCUUUGGAACUUGUUUGGGGCUGCUUAUCCACCAUCCGGACUAUCCUGCGUUGCAACCUUUCAUCAAUUUUUCUCUUCCGUCCACGUCCAGGGAGAUUAGCUACAGUGCCAUGGGUUGCAAACUUCUUGAUCAUGUUGCGCACUGUGGACAAAGGAACAUCUAGAUCUCUGGAGAUGGACUUGUAACCUUGAGAUUGUUGAUAUUUUUCCACAAUUUUGGUUCUCAAGUCCUCAGACAGUUCUCUUUUCCUCUUUCUGUUCUCCAUGCUUAGUGUGGCACACACAGAAACACAAUGCAAAGACUGAGUCAACUUCUCUCCUUUUUAUCUGCUUUCAGGUGUGAUUUUUAGAUUGCCCACACCUGUUACUUGCCCCAGGUGAGUUUAAAGAAGCAUCACAUGCUUGGAACCAAACUUAUUUAUCCACAAUUUUGAAAGGGUGCCAAUAACUUUGUCCGGCCCAUUUUUUUAGUUUUGUGUGAAAAUUAUGUCAAAUUUGCUUUUUUCCUGUUUUUUUUUUGUGUUAUUCCAAUACACACAAAGGAAAUAAAACAUGUGCAUAGCAAAACAUGUGUAAUUUCAAUACUUUUCUGUGAGAAAUACUUCCUUUUCUGGAAAAAUUUCAGGGGUGCCAACAAUUUUGGCCAUGACUGUAUAUAUAUAUAUAUAUAUAUAUAUAUACGUACAUGUAAUCAACACACUUCAAUGGCCACUUUUGAAGAAUGCAUGUUUCUGAGUUAAGUUUUAUAAUGUUGUUCCUUGAAUUAAGAACUCUCUCUGUGUUGAUAGAAUGUUUGUUUGAGUGAUUGAUUGACUGACUGAUUGAUCAACAGGAUGAGACGCAGUCGGCCACUACGCUGCUGGUGGGUCCCCGGCACGGCAUCAGUCAUGUGAUCGACCUAAAAAACAACCUGACCACGGUUCUGACAGAGUUCAGUCGUGUUGCUAAGAUACAGCUGCACCGGGAGAACCAGGGCGUUGCCCGCGUAGAGGUGGCCAUACAUGAGGCCAAGGUAUGGCAGACUGAACACAUAUACAACUAUAGAUUUAGAAGGACAUUAUGAAGCUCAGGGUGUAACUCAAAAGAAUGAGCUUUGUUUGUUUUGCCAGAAAUCAUUGCACCAUACUAGUAGGCUAUGCUACCUAACAUAGAUUUUCGAUGCCCAGAAGAAUUCCUUUCAAAUUCAAUUAAAUCAAACCUGUGACAUAAACCAAGUUGAAGUACCGGUAUGGUCAUUAUAUUAAAUAUACAGUCAAAUGCUUUGUUGAAGUCUCCUAACUCCUCUCCAUCCCAGCUCCAACCUCUCCAACCUCUGUGUAUGAAUAUGUGUGUGUUUCGGAGGGGCUGGGAUAAAGCCAAUAUAUACAUCAUUGGAUAAAGCAGAAGACACAUUUCCGUUGGACCUUGUGUACAAUUGGACAAUAAAGGAAUCUUAAUCUAAAUCUUAAUUAUCCACUCCCACCCCUGCAGCCUCUGGUCCUGUUGAUGGAGUGGCCUGAUGCCAGUAACUUCGCCUGUCUCAUCUCCGGCUACUACAAGCUGUUCGUGGAUCCCAAACGGACCAUCUACUACAGGACACCUGGUCAGUCUUAUAUGAUCAAGGCAGGUAUGUUAGUAGUCACCUCCUUGAUUUAUACUGCUAGUUAGGACUUGCAAUGAAACUGCAUAUUUACAAUAUCUGUUGAUGUUUAAGAAAUGUAUCUGUAAGUCUAGUGUUUCGGGAGGUGUUACAGAGAUUCCAUUAUUAUUAUCUUUAGAUCAAACUGAAAAUGUUUUUCAUUUACAGUUAAAAUCCUUUCCAUACUGUUUGCUUUGGCUACAUUUUGUAACAAUAAAACUCAGCAUUCAAACUCAGCAUCCAAAGCCCCAUUGACUGCAUAUCAGUUUGCAUCUCAAGGAUUCCAUUUACAGGUUUUUGUGUGUGUCUGCAAGUGUGAGGCAUUGCAUGUAAACCAUUAUACUGCAACCAACUCUACUCAAUCUAACUGGACUGAGACCUGCUUCUCCAUAAUGCAUCUGUGCAUCUGGACCUAAACCAUAUCAACAGCUACCAAUCACCUCUGCUGUCUCUCCUCCCAUCUCCAUCCUGAGAUCUCAUCUUCAUCGGACUAUUCUCUCCCUUUUCCUCGCAUAGGGUACAUUUCGGGGUUUUGCCUUGAUUUUCUCUCUGUAAUCAAAUAUACAUGUAAUAUUCAAAGAUGCACAGCUCUGUUUCCAUCUACUGUGGUGGUGUGCCUGCAUGAGAGGAAGGCCGCUACAUCCCAUAACAUCCCACCAGACUUACCUCAAACCUCCAACUCUUAUCUCCAGCAUCCAUCACCGAAAAAAUCCACCAGUCUUCGCCUCUAUUUUCCCAUAAGGACCCACUCCAUCCUCCCAUGCGAUUCCUCACCUCUCAGCCUCUCAACUGCUCUGACAAUUCUGUCCUCAGAUUACAGAGGUUCCCACCACGCCCACCCGCGCUCCGGCGCCACAGCGGUGUCCAGUGGGGACCGGCGAGGGGACGAGAGGGAAAGACCCCAUACGAGGGACCCAGGGUCCCAGUCUCAGAAGACAGCGGCCACCCCACUGCCCGCAGAGUCCCAACACCUGGGUCUAUGCCACGUCCAUCUCCGGGAGCAACAACAGCUGCAGGAGCUCCAAAUGCAGGCAGAACCCGAGCUCGACAUCAAUGAGAACUUCAUUUCCCAAGAGGCACCAGGGCGGCCCCGUACCAAGUCUGACCCGACGCUGCAGAGCACGGAGACGAUCACCGGGAGGCCAGAGAGCCCCGUCCAGGAGAGCUCAGUGGCCUUCAGGAGCAGAGUCCAAACAAUGGGGCAGUCCCACCGAACUACACGGUUCUUCUGUGACUCCUGCAAGGCCCGGUUGAGGGCAGAGGGAGUGGCUGUGGGCUUGAACGGUGGAUGCAGCGGCGCCUCGUCGAAGCACUGCUCCAGUGCCUGUGCCUCCCGCAACGGAGGUGCAGUAGACCUCAUGGCCCUGCCUCCCCCGGGGAAUGAAGAGGAGGAGGAAGAAGAGGUGGAGGACAUAGGAAGAAAGCUGCAGCCGCCCCCGCCGGCCAUUGCUGCCCCUCCACCUGGGUUCAGGGACAACAGCUCAGACGAAGACGACGCCAAGAGAGGACGGAAAUCUCGACCCAACCCCAACCCCGUCCCGCGUCCAAGCACUGCAACUGGGGCUGCAGUCAGCAAGAGCUCUGCCAAGGCUUCUUCCAAGGAAGUGGUACCGGCUCCAGAGGAUGUCCCGGUGACGUUGAUAGACAACGUGGCAACCAGGACAGUCCGGGACCAUGCCCAGGAGCUGGAUGAUGCUCUGGUGUCCACUCUGCAGGCACUGGAGGCCCUAGCUGCAUCAGAGGACUUCCCCCAUCACCACCAACAGCCAGCUCAGACCACAGGUCAACAUGCCGAGUCAUGCUUUAUGGACUUCAUCUCAUAUAGAGAGUCUAAUCUAACCACCAAGGGCUCUUUUUAGUGCUAAUGGUUCAUUUUAGAGCACAGUGACUGCUAAGGGCACUUUGAAAUAUUUUUACACGCUGAGUGUACAAAACAUUAGUACUGAGUUGCACACCGUUUUGCCCUCCACAGUUCGUCAGGGCAUGGAGGUGUCGAAAGCUUUCCCUUAGGGGUGCUGGCCCAUGUUGACUCCAAUGCUUCCCACAGUUGUACACACAGGAAACUGUUGAGCGUGAAAACCCCAGCAGUGUUGCAGUUCUUGACACACUCAAACCGGUGCGCCUGGCACCUACUACCAUACCCCGUUCAAAGGCACUUCAAUCUUUUGUUUUGCCCAUUUAAAAAACAACACCAUUUUUUGUCAUUUAGCAGACGCUCUUAUCCAGAGCGACUUACAGUUAGUGAGUGCAUACAUUUUCAUACACAUUCACCCUCUGAACGACGCACAUACACCAUCCAUGUCUCAAUUGUCUCAAGGCUCAGAAAUCAUUCUUUAACCUCCUCCCCUUCAUCUAAAAUGAUUAAAGUGGAUUUAACAAGUGACAUCAAUAAGGGAUCAUAUCUUUCACCUGGUCAGUCUGUGUAAUAUAAAGAGCAGGUGUUCUGAAUGUUUUGUGCACUUCAGUGUAGAUGAAGGGGAGGAGACAGGUUCAAUAAUUAUUUUUAAGCCUUGAGACAAUUGGGACAUGGAUUGUGUAUGUGUGUCAUUCAGAGGGUGAAUGGGCAAGACAAAAGAUUUAAGUGCCUUUGAACGGGGUAUGGUAGUAGGUGCCAGGCGCACCGGUUUGAGGUUUGAGUGCGUCAAGAACUGCAACACUGCUGGGGUUUUCACGCUCAACAGUUUCCCGUGUGUACAACUGUGGGAAGCAUUGGAGUCUACAUGGGCCAGCAUCCCUGUGGAAUGCUUUAGACACCAUGUUGAGUCCAUGCCCCGACGAAUUGAGGCUGGCUUGAUAGCAUAAUUCAAGUUCAAAGCUUUAACAUCCCAAAACAGAGACAAAAAUACUAUGUUUUGACGUGUUGUUCUACAGCACACUGCUUGACACUGAACAUAGUCUCUUGUGUUGUAUCUUUUGAUAGCGAGAGAAACACAAGAGUUCACUCAGUCUUGAUUUAAAUUCAGUUUGAUGCAAAACAAGGUUUUACUCAUAGACGGUUAGCAGAGCUUUAAAAUAAACAUCAAGAGAUUUUGACAACAGUCAGUACUUAGAAACUGUGUAUUUGAUGUGCCAUCUUUCAGAAAUCAAUGACUGUUUUCCAUCUGUCUGUGAUGUUACAUGACUUCCUUGUGACCCUGAUAGUGUCUUGUGUUUCCGUCUUCCCAUAGGCUUGAUCGUGUUGGCGGCCAUUACGCCUGAGUCAUCGCUGGACUCAGGGCACGAGACCAACUCGGAGCUGACAGACGUCUCAGAGAUGGUGUCGGCCAUGAAGCAGCACCAGAACCAGGCCUACCUGCUGGCCCACCAUAUCAACAAGGAACGUAUCUUCAGUCGCAGGGACUUCCCCUUGGCCAUACCAGGCUGCACCACCCAGACUAUAGGAGGUGGUGCGUUCUCCAUGGGUCAGAUCCGCGGCGGCUGCCCCUCGAAGCCAGUGAUCCUCAGUAAGACUGUUCCCCUAAAGCUUAGCCCUGGACAGGACACUGCCAGUCCAGGUCUCAGCCCAGUGGAGCAGGGGAGUAAUGUUACCCAAGACCCGACGCAGAGUGAGCCGAGUGAAUGCAAGAAGGAAAAACCAGAGCCCACCAAAGCGUGCACCCCAGACCGCCCUGUGAAGUCACCUGAGGAGCUGAAAGUCUCAGAUCCAGGGCAGGCACCCAAGGUCGGCAAGGAUCAAAGGUCGCCCUGUUCUGCUGUGGGCAAACUAAGCCCGAAUCUCUCUGUGGGGGUCAAGGGGAAGAAGUCUGCGCCUCUGAGCCCGGACCCUACCAACAAAGCCUUACCCAUUCUCUUGCCUGUGGACAGAACUGCCUCCGCCAAGAUUUGCCCCAUGAAUAUGUGCCAAGAUGCCGAGACUGCCUCUAGCAAGACCAUCAAGCCUUCAAGCGCUAAAGAACUCUUGCCAGUUGAUGACCUGUUCUGCACGUGCCCAGUUAGAGAACCCGGGCCACAGCUAAGACUGAAUGAUCCACAUACCCAGAAGGUGGUGGUAUUCCACUCCUCUUCCCCAACAGAUGAUGAGCGUCUUCAUGCCAAAGGCCUCCAACUGGCCAGCAGCAAAGAGAGCACAGCAAGAGCAGCAGGAGGAGGAGGAGCAGACCCCGUCUUGGCCAAGCCCAGCCCCCAGGUCUCAACCAAGUACUCCCAGUCCCCACACAUGCCUGUGAAAGCUGAGAGGAAGGAAGCAGCAGAGGCCAAGGCAGAGAGGUCCCAGGGUAAAGCUCAAGCUGAGCCACAGAAAUGCCCCCCGAAGUCAUUACCUCUCCUGGGAGACCCCACACACCCUACCUGCUCUGUGGACAAGGUCUCCACUCUCCCAUCUGUCGACAGCAAGAAGCAGGGUGGCGGUAAAGGGAAGGCCCAGCAUAGCGUCCCCUUCCUGAGUAUCAAGAACCUCCUGUCGGCCACGUUCCCAGCUCGGAUUCGGCGGGAGACUGACGAGCGCCGAGCCCAGCUCCAGAAGGUCCGGCAGUACGAGUUAGAGUUCCUGGAAGAACUUCUGAAGCCCAAGUCGUCCGGGGGCGAGUACCUACCCCAGGGGUCCUCGCCAGUCCCCUCAUGCACCCCAUGUGCUUGCCAGCUCCUUACAAGUCCUGUGCUAAAAGCCCCCGGCAUCUCCCGAGAGCAACGCCGCAGCUGCGACUGCAAGAGGAUGUGUAGAGGCAUCCGACUGCCCGAUACACCGGGCGGCUCAACUGCAGAGACACAGCAGCAUAGAGGCAGAGAGAGACCCCUCUCCAAGAUCCCUCCAGCGACCUCCAAAACCCCUCACCCCCAGGGAGGUCCGAGGAGACCUCAGACCUUAGAGAUCAAGACCACCCGAAUCCGCUCGACCAGUCUGGAGUCGCGGGAACCCAGGGGGGAGCAGGCUUCCUGCUUGCCCACCUGCACCUCCCGCACAUCAGACUGCAUGGGCGCCCCGCAGUACAAGAAGCUCCAGAGGCGGUAUAGCAUCGGGGAGGUGGACAACGCUGAAGGCACCCAGCUGUACACCGAGGUCAAACCCAAAGCCAAGAGCCUGGAGAAGGAGAUGGAGCGAGUGAGGGCCACAGGACUGAGGCUUCCAACAACCGUGGAGCCCAUUCACAAUCAAACUCAAACUCAAACUCAAACGGCUGCUGCAGAGGCGAAGGGGAUGAAAGGAGUGUUCUUUAUCCAGGGAGAAGAGCUGCUGCGGGAGAGCAAAGAGGGGGCACCGACAGAGGUGCUGCUGGGGCUGCCUAGUGAGGACACUGAAGACAGGGAGAACUGCUGCUCCUUCUGUUUCUGCUACAGGAAGUGUGAGGCGGCGGACGAGAGCAGCGAGAAAGAAGAGCUCUCCUACUCCAUCCCUCUCCAGGUCCUGCCCGGGAUGCAGCUGGGUUCUCAGACCUUUCCCGUCAUCAGCAAAACGCUCCAGGUCCUCCACGCUGAGGGCUGCAGUGGGGAGGAGGAAGAAGUAGAGCAAGAAGAAGAAGAGGAGCCACAGACACAGGAAAUCGACCUUCGGGCCUGCGGGACUCUGGAGGGGAGCCUGGCGAGGGUUCAGUUCCUUCAAGGGAAGACGUUCAGCCUGCCGGACGGUUUCCUCAAUGCCCAGCUGGAUGCUAAUGAGCUGCUAGCCAUCCUGCGACAAUGCGCUAACAUUCCCCAGGUGGCUAACGAAUCACGCCUCCAGCCGUCCCGGAUCGCCGAGUACAAGCAGGAGCUGGCGGUGCGCUUCAAGGAGUUCAGGGCGGCGUGCAGGAGGGUGGCGAGCGUUGAGAAGAGCCCCACGCGCAUGCUGAGCGUUGUUACGGCCAGCUUCCUGGUCCUCUGCGAACUGACUCAGACCUUCAUCAAGCUGGUUAGAGGGGUGCGUUCAGAGCCCCAAAGGCUGCAGCUGCUGCGAAAGGUUGAAGAGGUUGCUAUCAAUUACACUUUGCUGUUGCGUGCAGCCGAGGAGGCGAUGGGCCACUCCAGUAGUCUGCCUAACAAGAGCGUGAGUCCCCAAGUUACUACACCCACCACUAACAUGGGCUCCCUCUCUCGCCCAAUCAAAACCCUGCCCACCCAGUAG